AUGUCGCUCCUCACUCGCCUAAAGCCGCUGUUCUCCUCGUCACGACUCUUCAUGGCAGCAGAUCAAUUAGAACAGCUGGAUAAAUCUCUAGCAAGCUCUUCUAGGAAGAAACUUGCGUAUCCAGGGCCGACGCUACCUGGCGAGCGCACUGGCAAAGAUCGAAACAAGGGCAAAGCCAGAGGAGAACGGACAAAUUGGAAAAAGGUCAGCAAGAUGUACGUCAAGUUGGGUUCUGGAGGAACGCUCGAUCCGUUGGCAGACGGAGUUCUUAUCGUAGGAGUUGGGAAUGGGACCAAGGAUCUUCCACAGUUUCUCAAUUGCACCAAGACUUAUCGAACAACUGGGCUAUUGGGUUGCGAGACAGACUCGUAUGAUGCUGAAGGAGCUAUUGCGCGUCUAGCGCCCUGGAAGCAUGUCACUCGAGCUCUUUUGCUGCAAAAUCUCGAGCGGUUCAGAGGAGAAAUCAUGCAGACGCCUCCAAUCUAUUCCGCUCUCAAGAUUGAUGGGAAAGCGUUGUACGAAUAUGCCCGGCAAAACAUCCCCCUCCCUCGCCCAAUCGAGUCACGAAAGGUCACCAUAUCCGCCAUUGACUUGACUGCAUUUACUCCCUCGACAGAACACCGGUUCAAGUUUCCCGAGAAGAGACUCGACGAGGUGCAGGUCGCCGAACGUCAAAAGAUGUUAGCGCUCGUCGCGAGUAGCACAGAAGGGGCUAAUUUAGUCGAAGUCAACGGAUCAAAGGAGCUUAGUACUACAUCAGUGCAACCUCCCUCGUCGGCUGAGGCAGACGAAGCAGAGCAAAGUGCAGGAGCAGAAGUGACCACGGGUGACGAGAUUCCUCCCACCUUCGAGCUGGAAAUGACAGUUUCAUCGGGAACGUAUGUCCGGUCCGUCGUGCAUGACCUUGGUAUCGCAGUUGGCAGUGCAGCCCAUGUUGUCGUGCUCACGCGAACGCGCCAAGGUGCCUUUGUGUUGGACGAUCGAAACGAGGUAGCCUCUCCAGAGCAAGAGAUAGACCGGGGAUUGCGUUGCGUCGAUUGGAGUAUCAUGGAGCGUGCGCUCGAAAAAUUGGAGGCGGACGAAGAGAUAGAAAAGGAUGACGAAGGAUGGGCCGAGUGGGAGUUAGAGAUUCUUAAAAAGUGGCCAGACCAAAGCAAGGUAGCUCUAUAG